AUGUCUCAAAGAGAAAGAAAUCCUAUUUGGCAGUUUUUUGAAAAGAGCACAAAUGAUUUAUCUAAAGCAGUUUGCAAAAUCUGCAAAAAGUCGCUCUCAUUAGGAAGUCAAGAACCCAAAAAACAAACACUAUAUGGAGUGAAGCAGCAUUUAAGUAAGUUCCAUGGCACAGAACACAGACAAGUUUUAAAGCGGCAGUCUGAAUUAGAGAACAUAAAAAAUGAACUAAAUAUACAAAAACUAACUAAAGUCUCUCUAGCGGUUUUAGAAACUGAUAAGGGUAAUCAACCUACCCUGGUCCAGUCGACCAUUCCGAGUUUGGCUAGACCUAAAUGUGUACAAUGGCCAGAUGAUCAUGAAAUUUCACGGAGAAUAGACAAAGCGAUUAUGGAUUUGAUGAUUGUCGAUAUGUUGCCGUAUUCGUUGGUCAGAGGUGAAGCAUUCCAAGGACUUAAUUUUGCUGAUCCUGAUGCUUUUCAUAAAUAUAGACUGAAGAGUGAAAAAUUUUUCCGAACAACAUUAAUGCCGCAAACUUACGAACGAGUAAAGGCUAAAGUCAAAAAAUGA